AUGCAGCGUUCGUUAGAGCAGAGGUACGCGAUUAAAUUCUGUGUGAAACUCGGUAAAUCUGCGACAGAGACGUUUGAUAUGAUCAAGCAGGCUUACCCAGAUGUUGAUUUAGCAAGAAGUAGUGUGUUUCCGUGGCAUCAGGCCUUUUUGGAGGGCCGGGAAGAGGUCGCCGAUGAACACCGUGCUGGAAGACCCUCGACUUCGACAAACACCGGCAGUGUUACUCGUGUGCGCGAAGUUUUGAACUCAGUCCGUCGACUAAGUAUUCACUUAAUUGCCCAGAUGUUAAAUUUACCAAAAUCUGUGGUUCAUGACAUUGUGACGGAGCAUUUGAACAUGCGCAAGGUGUGCGCGAAGAUGUUUCUAAAAGUGCUCACUGACGACCAGAAAUGGCGGCGAGUGGAAGUGUGCCAAGAAAAUUUGAACGUGUGA